AUGUCGUCUCUUAGCAGGGAGCUAGUUUUCCUCAUCCUGCAGUUCCUUGAUGAGAAGUUCAAGGAGACGGUGCACAAGCUGGAGCAGGAGUCGGGCUUCUACUUCAACAUGAAGCACUUCGAGGACCUCGUGCAGGGUGGCGAGUGGGACAAGGUGGAGAGGUACCUCAGCGGCUUCACCAAGCUAGAGGACAACUGCUACUCCAUGAAGAUCUUCUUUGAGAGCCGCAAGCAGAAGUACCUCGAGGCCCUUAAUAGUCUGAACUGGCAACAUCAGCUCUGCAAGAACCCUAGACCAAACUCUGACAUCAAGACACUCUUUACUGCUCACUCUUGUGCUGCUCCUACCAAUGGAGCAAGAGCACCUCCACCUGCCAAUGGUCCGCUUGUUGAAUCCAUCCCUAAGUCAGCUAGAUUUCCACCAAUGGGUGCUCAUGAUCCACACCAAUGGGGAUCUUCAUGCUGCAAACGCUGA